AUGAGGUUGGUGAUCCAUCAGACCAAGGAUCCUCACCUUGUUCCUUCCAUCAGUCUGAACAGAGGGAUCUGCACAGCAGACAAGAGAAAAAGAGAGCUGACCGUGUUCUGGCAAGUCUUCAACGCUGUAGAAUCCAAGAAAGCAACUCUGAGAUCGGUUGAGAAGCGCGGCAGCGGCAAUCAAGCUUGGAUUACGACUUUUGAAGGAGAAGGAGGUAGCGAUCAUGGAGGUUUGUUCCGAGAAUCUGUCAGGGAGAUUUGUGCUGAGCUGCAAUCCAUCAAUGGUUCCCUCAAGUUGUUUGUGCCAUGUCCGAACCAAAGGAUGUGCAUAGGAGAAAAUCAAGACAAGUGGAUUCCAAACAUCUUCGCAACAAGCGCGUUGCAUCUGAGCAUGUUCCGAUUCGUAGGUUCGCUGAUGGGCAUGGCUAUCAGGACGAAUUCUCUCUUGGAGUUGGACCUGGCGUCGUUGGUUUGGAAGAGACUAGUGGGAGAGCUGGCGAACCUCUCAGAUAUUUUUCGCAUGGACGAGGCUUUUCGUGCGCACUACCAGCUCGGGCGUGACGUAGAUGAACAGGAUUUGUCCAGCUGCGCAUCAGAAAGAGACUGGAUAGCGAAGGGGAUAACAUGGACCUACCGGUCGAGCAUGGGAAGACAUCUCGUCUUGAUCCCCGGGGGAGGGGAUACUGACGUUCAGUGGCAAGACAAGGACAAGUACCUGGCUGAGGUUGUACGGCACAGGCUGUCAGAGUUCGAGUUGCAAGUCAAUGCGGUGAAGGAGGGGCUGCACUCGGUCGUCCCCCCUGUUGUCUUCUCGCUCUUCACCUGGAGGGAGUUGGAGGCCAAAGUCUGCGGCACCUCCGAGAUCAACGUGGAGGCUCUCAGGAAGAUCACCGAUCACAACUUGCCCGAGAAGGAAAGGAACCCAGUAGCCGUCAUGUUUUGGAAGGUGGUCGAGAAGAUGACCAACUCAGACCGUGCGGACCUCUUGGCGUUCGCCUGGGGGCGCAGGCGCCUCCCCCCGAACAACAGUAACCUGCGUCUGAAGAUCGAGCUGCUGUCAGGGAGGGGAGAUGAAUCCCUCCCAGAGGCUCACACCUGCUUCUUUGCCAUCGACCUACCCAAGUACUCGAGCGAGGAGGUCAUGCACUCUAAACUGCUGUACGCCAUCCGAAACUGUUCGGCGAUAGACAACGAC